GAUUUCUUAUUUUAUUGCAGCAGACAACAUCCACUUUAUUGUCACAGCUCAUUCGACUGAACAAGUUUCUUGAGAUAGGAUAAGACUCUGUAUCAGCUGCACAUACAAUAGACAUGCCCCCUCACUAGUGGGGAAGACGAAGGCCAACAACCCAUGGCCUCAAGGUCCUUCACACUGCCUCCUGUCCCCAUCCCUAACUCAUAUCAUAACCCUUGUAAACCUUACCGACUCCAUAACUGUUCGUAUUCAAUCUCUCCAAUAGAAAAUCUUCCCACCAAAGUACAAGAUAAACAACAAUCUCAUAUUAUCAGUGAAAACUCUCAAUCUCUUCUACAAACAGAGAUAUCCUCAAAGUCUAAACCUAAGACUCCCACAAUUCGAUCCCGUCUCUGCCAAUUAUGCCAAGAAGGACAACCUGAGGUUGCUCGCCACCUCUUUGAUACCAUUCCCCGCCCCACAACUGUGCUUUGGAACACGAUCAUUAUUGGGUUCAUCUGCAAUGGCAUGCCUAAUGAAGCCCUUCGAUUCUAUGUCCGAAUGAAGAACUGUCCCAACACACGAUCUGAUUCCUAUACUUAUUCUUCCGUGCUUAAAGCUUGUGCUGAAACUCAACAAUUAAAAUUUGGAAAAUCUGUACAUUGUCAGAUUCUUCGUUCUCAUGCAAAUCCAAGUAGAAUUGUUGGUAAUUCUCUUCUGAAUAUGUACUCUAAUUGUUUGAGCCCAUCCUUUGAAAUCCAAGAAGAUGGAAAUGGCAGUGGAGUUUUCAAAUUUUCUCAAUCUGAUGUUGUACAGACAUUGUUUGAUGGUAUGAUUAAGAGAAAUGCAGUAGCAUGGAAUACUAUAAUUGCAUGGUACGUCAAAACAGGACGAUUUGUUGAAGCUUUGAAGCAAUUUAGGAUGAUGAUACAUAUGGGAAUAAAACCAACAGUUGUUAGUUUCAUCAAUGUCUUUCCAGCAGCGGCAAGUAGUGGGGAUCAGAAGAACUCCAGUGUUCUGUAUGGUUUGCUUCUCAAAAUGGGUAGUGAGUUUGUUAGCAAUCUUUUUGCUGCAAGUUCAGCAAUUUUCAUGUAUUCAGAACUUGGAGACAUGGUUUCUGCAAGGCAGAUAUUUGAUUUGUCAACAGAGAGAAAUAUAGAAGUUUGGAACACCAUGAUUAGUGGGUAUGUGCAAAAUGAUCUCCCUGCUGAAGGUAUUAAUCUAUUCCUUAAAGUCUUAGACUUGUAUCAGAUUAUUCCUGAUAAUGUAACUUUCCUCACUGCUUUGACAGCCGUGUCACAGUUGCAGCAACUGCACUUUGGGCUACAGCUUCAUGCUUAUGUGAUUAAGAAUUUAAUGGCAUCAAAUGUUGUUAUUUCAAAUGCUCUAAUUGCUAUGUAUUCGAGGUGUGAUUUUGUUGAGGCUGCAUUCACGGUUUUCGAUAAAAUGCCGGAAAGGGAUCUUGUCUCUUGGAAUACCAUGGUUUCUGCUUUUGUACAGAAUGGAUUGGACGACGAAGGAUUGAUGCUUGUGUAUGAGAUGCUGAAGCAAGGAUUCAUGAUUGAUUCCAUAACAGCCACAGCUCUACUUUCGGCUGCAUCAAAUCUCAGAAAUCAGGAAAUUGGAAAAGAGACCCAUGCUUAUCUCUUCAGGCAUUGGAUUCAAUUUGAGGGAAUGGACAGUUAUCUUAUAGAUAUGUAUACGAAGGCUGGUUUGAUUGAUGCCGCAGAAAAGCUUUUUGAGAAGAAUUGUGUUCAUGAUAGAGAUCAAGUCACUUGGAAUGCCAUGAUCUCUGGGUACAGUCAGAAUGGGCAGAUUGAACAGGCUUUAAUUGUGUUCCGGCAGAUGCUCCAACAACAGCAGUUGCCUAAUGCGGUUACACUCGCAUCUAUCCUUCCAGCCUGCAGUCCAGUUGGAGGAGUUGGUGUUGGGAAGCAGCUCCAUGGGUUUGCGUUUCGCCACACCCUGGAUCAAAAUGUCUUUGUUGGUACAGCACUAAUAGACAUGUACUCAAAGUGUGGUGCAAUCAGUUAUGCUGAAAGAGUUUUCACUAGACUACCUGAGAUAAAUUCUGUCACAUACACCACUAUGAUCUCAGGCUAUGGCCAGCAUGGACUGGGUGAGAAAGCUCUGUCUUUGUUUCAGUCGAUGCCACUCUCUGGCAUGAAACCUGAUGCCGUCACUUUGGUUGCUGUCUUGUCAGCUUGCAGUUAUUCUGGAUUGGUUGAUGAAGGCCUCCAAAUAUUUGAAUCAAUGGAAGAUGAAUAUAUGAUUGCACGCAAACCUGAGCACUAUUGCUGUGUUGUGGACAUGUUAGGAAGGGCCGGGAUGGUCAUGGAAGCCUAUGAACUAGUUAAUGAACUGGGUGAUGAGGGUAAUGUAGUGGGACUUUGGGGUUCACUUCUUGGUGCUUGUAGGAUACACAAAAAGUUUGAAUUGGGGAAAGUGGUUUCUGAGAGGUUGCUUGAGAUGGAGAAAGGAAAUGGCAUGGCUGGCUACCAUGUUUUAUUGUCAAAUAUUUAUGCUGAAGAGAGAAAGUGGGACAAUGUUGAAAUGGUGAGGAAAGAAAUGAGAGAGAAGGGUUUGAGGAAGGAGGCAGGUUGUAGUUGGAUUGAGAUUAGUGGUGUUGUAAAUUGCUUUACGUCUAGGGAUCAAAAGCAUCCUCAGUGUGAUGUAAUUUAUGCAAAGUUGGAAGAAUUGGCUAUGGAGAUAAAAGUGGCUGGUUAUAAGCCUUGUCUCAGUAGUGAAUAUGAAGAAUGAACCAAGGCAUAGAGCAGUGUUUGACAGCCAUGGCAUGAUGCGUUCUCUGUUUCAUGUGUUUCAGUGUUUGCACUGUAGCUUAUUUUCUGUUCCAACACUUCAAAUGGAGAGAGGAUAUUCUAAAUAUCUCUGUAGCCCCCAUUGUUUCCAUU